UCAAUGGACAACAUGACAGAAGUGACCCAGUUUAUCCUGCUAGGACUCACUGAUGCCCCAGAACUUCAGAUCUUCCUCUUCAUAACAUUUACUUUCAUUUACCUCUUUACUGCAGUUGGCAACCUGGGGAUGAUUAUGUUGAUUUUCUUGGAUUCUCGUCUUCAUACACCUAUGUACUUCUUCCUUAGUAGCCUCUCUCUGGUAGACUUUGGUUAUUCCUCAGCUGUCACUCCCAAGGUUAUGGCUGGAUUGCUUGUUGGAGACAAAGUCAUUUCCUUCGAUGCAUGUGCUGCUCAGAUGUUCUUCUUUGUAGCCUUCGCCACUGUGGAAAAUUACCUCUUGGCCUCCAUGGCCUAUGACCGCUAUGUAGCAGUGUGCAAGCCCCUACACUAUACUACCACCAUGACAACAAAUGUGUGUGUAUGCCUGACCAUAGGCUCCUACAUAUGUGGUUUCCUAAAUUCGUGUUUCCACGUUGGGGAUAUAUUUAGUCUCUCUUACUGUAAAUACAAUGUAAUUCAUCACUUUUUCUGUGAUGUCCCAGCUGUCUUGGCUCUUUCUUGCUCUGAGCAACAGGUAAGUGAAGUAGUUCUUGUUUUUAUGUCCAGUUUUAAUGUCUUUUUUGCUCUUCUAGUUAUAUUUGUUUCCUACUUUUUCAUCUUUAUCACUAUCUUGAAGAUGCAUUCCACUCAGGGACAUCAGAAGGCUUUGUCUACCUGUGCCUCCCACCUCACAGCUGUCUCUAUUUUCUAUGGCACGGUCAUCUUUAUGUACUUACAGCCCAGUUCUAGUCAUUCUAUGGACACAGACAAAGUUGCCUCUGUGUUUUAUACUAUGGUUAUCCCCAUGCUAAAUCCUGUGGUCUACAGCCUGAGAAACAAAGAGGUAAAAGGAGCAUUCAAGAAGAUGGUUGAGAAGGCAAAAUUUUCUACUGGAAUUGGAUUAUAA